CACACAACAGUUCAACUUCCUGCUUGUCUCUCUGUGUGUGUGUUUGUGGUUUUGACGAAAAAGCAGAGAGAAAGAGAAUGAGUAUAGGUGGAUUGGGUGGCACUCACUAAAAAAGCGACACAAGUUGAAGCUGACAGCAGCAGAAAGCAGGAUAAUGGAGCCACAACAGAUCAGAGAGGGAUACUUGGUGAAAAAGGGUACAGUGCUAAACUCCUGGAAGCCAGUGUGGGUUGUGCUGUCAGAAGAUGGGGUGGAAUUCUAUAAAAAGAAAACAGACCAUUCUCCAAAAGGAAUGAUCCCACUAAAGGGAGCCAUGCUCAACAGUCCUUGCCAGGAUUUUGGCAAGAGGAUGCUGGUUUUCAAGAUUACCACAGAGAAGAAGCAGGCUCACUUCUUCCAAGCCUCGCAUGUGGAGGAGAGAGAGUUUUGGGUCAAGGACAUCAAGAGAGCCAUUACCUGCCUACAGGGGGGAAAAAAGUUUGCCAGGAAGUCUACAAGACGCUCCAUUCGCCUGCCUGACACAAUCAACCUGACUGAGCUGUACACGCUGAUGAAAGACCAGGAUGAUGGAGUGAAAGAGUUAAAACUGGAGCAGGAGAAUCGAGUCUUCAACCACUGCUUCACUGGUGCGACAGUGGUAGAGUGGCUGAUUUCAAAGGAGAAAGCGAGAAAUAGGCCCGAGGCCCUCAUGUUAGCAAUAGGGCUCCUGAAUGAGGGUUUUCUCCAGCCUGCGGGUGACCUGUCAAAAGAGGGAGCAGAGAGCGGAGAGCAAACAGCCUUCUUAGAUGAGACAAAUGCUCUUUAUUACUUUGCAGAUAGUGGGUUCUUCUGUGAAGGCUACUCCAGUGAUGAAGAUGUGCUUGUGAAGGAAGAAUUCAGAGGAAACAUCAUAAAACAGGGCUGUUUACUUAAACAGGGACAUAGGAGAAAAAACUGGAAGGUACGAAAGUUCAUACUGAGGGAUGACCCUGCUUAUAUGCAUUAUUAUGAUCCUACAAAGGGUGAUGACCCUCUGGGCUCCAUCCAUCUCCGUGGGUCUGUGGUGACAGCUGUGGAGUUUGUGCCUGAUGCCAAAAAAUACGACGUUGACGGCAACCUCUUUGAGAUCAUCACCUCAGAUGAGACUCACUACUUCCUCCAAGCUGCUACAGGCGAAGAAAGAAAGGAGUGGAUCAAAGCAGUACAGGCAGUGUCAAAAAGUGGAAAAUAACAGGAGCAGUGAAGCAGCUGUGUAAUAUAUGCCAGCCACAGUUGAACCUCUUGAUUGUAAAAUCCCAUGUUUGAACCAUCUAUAAUUACAAUUAACAAUGUGUCGGCUAAGUAUGACUGAAUUCUUAUUAUACUGUAGUGCUAAGUUGUUCUAGAGUAAGUGGCACUCUUAGUGUAUACAAGAGUUUCACUCUUGCAUACACUAUCAAACUAAUGUUACAAUGUUUUUGUGCAGUAACUAAUUAAAGAGAAAUAAAAGCUAAAGUCUAAAUUUAACAGUAUAAUGUUUUAUCACCAAUGCCUAAUUGUAUUUCCAAGAAGGCUGAUCUGUGAUCAUCUUCAAAUAUACAGAUGAUAUACAACUGUGCAGAAUUUUGUAGUUGUUGCAUCUUUUAACUUCCAAAAAGUCAGAAACUUAAAAACUGUCUGUUUGAAUAUAAGAGGCAGUAAAGAGGAAAGAGGCACUCUG